AUGGGUAGCCAGAAACGAAUAGCCAAGGAGCUAUCCGAGCUCAUGGAGACGCCUCCCAACGGAAUCACUGUCGAAUUAGUAGAGGAAUCCAACCUCUAUGAAUGGAGAGUCUACAUGGAUGGACCAGAGGGGUCACCGUACUAUAAAGGUCGAUUCCUCGUCAGACUGAGCCUACCCACCGAAUACCCGUUUAAACCGCCCGCCUUGUCCUUCGGGACCAAAAUCUACCACCCCAAUGUGACCAACGACGAGAAGGGGAGCAUGUGUCUGGGGAUGUUGAAGUCGGACGAGUGGAAGCCGAGUUCGCGCAUUGCGGCGGUUCUGGAAUUUGCGCGUCAACUGCUGGCGGAACCCAUGCCCGAUGAUGCGGUGGAGGGGGGCGCAUCGCCGAGCAAUAUAAGAAUGAUCAGAAACGCUAUGAUGAAGUCGCACGGGAGUGGACGAGGAAGUCUGUUUGGGAUUGCGGGCUUGAAAGCGUGA